AGGAGGUCGCAACUGCGCGCGCGUGGCAACAAGGAGACUAAGCGCUUUCAGUAGCAACGAAAUAAACAGUGCCGCUUGAGUUUACGGAAGGACGGUGAAACUUGGUUAAUCUUCGCCGCAUUUCGCAAUUUCUGAUGAGAAUCUGGUAGCACAACAACGAAAUGGUCCAACCACUUUGUAUUUGCCAGAUCUGUACUUGUGGGCGGCAUCGAUGUGCUCACAGACCCGAAACUCGGGGCCCAACACACAAAUGUCUUUUUACUGAAUAUCAAGAUCGCUACAAAGAUCAUCCCUUUGGCGAACGAACAAAACCAAUCAAACCCGACCGAUCGGUGAGGAUCUCGGACGCCCCAUUAGAGGACAGAACUCACUACAGGCUCGACUAUAUAUCGCACAAGUACGCGCCACCCAAGAAAAGAGAAAAAGAUCGAUGGAUAAAACCGGACGGUCGAGUCGAAGAUGAAAGCACAUACAAACACGACUAUCCUGGACGUAUGGUUGCUCCAGCUGAAUCAGCAAAGCCGGCGUGCACCUACCAACCGCACGAUAAGCCAUUCCAAGGAUCCACAGUCCAUCAAGACACUUUCAGGCCUUGGGAUCUGAAUUUGUCACGCGUGAAAAGCAUGAAACCAGACACGCAAUCUAUGGCACGAGAUGGAAGAAUGGAUGGGAGGACGAUCCAUCAGACCGAUUUCCCAGGACAUUCAGUACCUAGGAGGCCAGCAAUCAGACCUCCUAACUCAGAUCUCAGGGCAAACUCUGGGCCCAUGGAAAAUGACACCACAACCAGACUGGAUUAUACCAAGAAACAGAUUUUGCCAGCUCAGUCAGCCAAGCCAGUGUACCGUAGACCAUCCACUGGACCCCCCUUCCAAGGGAUUACCACUUGUCAGCAUGACUUUGGUUAUAAGACUGGUCGUCCUGCUGCAAGUUUCAAGCCGCAACAGGGGGCUCAGCAAUCUAAUGCCCCCUUUGAGGAUUCGACUACGACUCGUGAGUCCUAUCCCAAGUGGGCAAUCCCCAAACGGCAAAUGAGAGAGAAAGAGGCAUACCGACCUCCUUCAGGAAAGUUUAAAGAUGAUACUACAUUCCGCCAUGAUUACCCUGAGUGGAAUGUUGGUCCAGCACAGAGUGCAAGACCCCCAGUGCAGUCAUUUGCGUCCAACCAGCCCUUCCAGGACAGUACCACACAUAGUGAUACUUAUAAAAAGUGGGCUGUACAAGCUGUUCCUAAGAGUACAAAGCCAGAAGGAUACAGGCCACCUUCAAGAAAAUUUGAAGGCGAAUCCACAAUGCAGAGUCAUUUCCGUGGGCAAUAUGGUCCAAGGUCUAAGCCAGUCCGACAGGAGAUGAACAGGCCAGCAACUUCAGGACCAAUGGAUCUGCAUACUACAUAUGAUGAUACAUUUAAAGGACUACAUCCUCCUCCAUGCCCUGCUGCUACUAUCCGCCAAUGGGAGAAGACUCCACAGAAUGGGUAUUCAUAUGUGUUUGAUUCUAAAGGCCAUAGCUUUUACAAUCCUCUCUCAGUCUCUGUACAGCCGUUGUCUUUGUCUGCUUAGUAUUUUUAGUGCUAAAUUUUAUAUUUUGUGGUUUUUAAAUACACAAAGCAACACAUUAAAUGAUGGGAAAAAUACACUAGAAAAGUUCAAUCAGAUCAAUAUAAUUUCAAAUAUCAUUCAAAGAACAAGGUCUUUACUUUAAAAUAACCAAAACAUUCUAAUUUCUCAAGCUAAAAAAUAUAUCCAAAUGUAAACAAAACAUGGUAACUAUGUUGAAGCUGUAGAUGCCUAUCUUAUACCUAUUUCUGUAAACACAAAGGACUGCAAGAUAAAAAGAGCUUUCUAGAGCAGCAGCCUGCUAUGUGUAUUUAAUAACCACAGUAACAUUCGUCAUUAAUUGGCAGGGGUUAAAUUGUACAUAGUAAAAUCAAAUAUGGUAGUUAUUGUAGGUACUGUAGGUGUCAAUCUGUAACAAGUUUAAUAAUUUAGAAUUUAAAUUCAGUACACAUGACCUUACAUAUGUAUAUCUAUCUCAACAAUUAGUUGUACAUAUUUUAUAUAUGUCAUACAAUUCAAAAGAUGGAGAAAGUACUAAGGUAUAUGGUAUAUAUUAACAGGUAUACAAAAGUUUUUUCUUUAGUCACAAUUAAAUAUAAAAAUGCACAAGCAUAACUUUACCUAAAAUUUGAAUCUCAGCAUUUUUUACAGUUUUGUUAAAUUGCCCCUAUUUUGGGUGUCAGUUUUGGAAACAAUCUUGUAAAUGUACAAUAUAUGGUCUAUUUAUUAGUGGUUGUUGGAGUUUAAGUCUGACAAAUCACUAUUUAUCCUGAGAUUUGUUUAUAACAAGUCUUUUUAUUCAGGGUUUUUAAUUAUGGAUAUUUUCUUCAAUCAUAAUUAUUCUAUUGGUACAUCUUUGCAUCUUGUGUUAAUACAGCUUUUGUCAUAUCAGAAAAUUACAAAAUUUUCAUCCUUCCAUAACAUGUACAUGACAAACACAAGGCCAUAUAUGCAUUUGUCAAUACAAAAAAAUAAUUUACCUGCACUAAAGUAAAUUUAUAGCUAGAAAGUACUAUACUGCAAUUUAUAUAGAAGCUGAAUAUACCAAACUAUAUCAGGGAAGUUAAGUGUAGAGUAGUUUAAAAGGAAGAGCUAUUUUAGUCAUUGCUUCCAAUUUCUUGCAGAGGAUGUAAUUUCUUUUUACCCACAUCGAAGAACUUCGAGUUCAGUGUAGCUACCAACUGAGGCAGAGAUAGAGCAGAAUGCUGAAGGACGGGCCAUAUAUGGCAUGGACAGUAAUUGAAAGGCAGCAACGGGGACUUUUUUUUUCCAAAAAACUUUAUUUUAUUGGGGAUUGUAAAUAGAGAAACAGGAAAUGCAGGAAAAUAGUUGACUACUACAACAAAUAUGAAUAGCCUUAGUUUCAUUAAACAGUAAUAAAA